CAUUCCUACACUUUCUUUCUCUUUCCCUCUUCAUCUCUUUCUCUCUCACACAUAUUUCCACACGAUCCAGUUUUUCACUUCUCCCAAAUUUCAGAGUUCUCUUGCUUUCUAACACUUCCUUAGGUUCAGUUCCAAUCUUAUACUCUUGUGCGCCCAAAAAAGCUUUAUCUGUAUAUACCAUAAAACAGAGCAUCUUCGUCCUCGUCCUCGUCGUCAGCUUCCUCUUCUUCUUUUUGUUCGUCCAUGGCUACCAACAAGUUUGCAACAAUGUUACACAGGAACACCAACAAACCAACCCUGGUUCUUGUCUACGCUUUCCUUGAAUGGGUUCUCAUCGUUCUGCUUCUUCUGAACUCUCUUUUCUCUUACUUAAUCUUAAAAUUCGCUGAUUACUUUGGCCUCAGAAGGCCUUGUAUAUGUUGUUCUAGGAUCGAGCACAUCGUCGAGCCCAAAAAGUAUGCGAACAAGUCUUGCUUCAGAGAUCUUGUUUGUGAAUCUCAUGCCUCUGAGAUUUCCAAACUCGGGUACUGCUAUAAUCAUCGCAAACUCGCUGAAUCCGAGGAUAUGUGUGAGGAUUGCUCCUCUUCUUCUUCAUCAUCCGAAUUAGAUUAUGUUAAAAUUUCAAAGAGCUUUGGUUUCUUUCCAUGGAUGGAGCAGAAGACAGUUAUGGUUCAGGACACUGAUGGUAGCAAGGCUUUGAAGUGUUCUUGCUGUGGGGUCCACUUAGAAAGCAGAUUACGCCCUCCUGGUUUUGUGGUCGAGCCGUUGGAUCAUGCCCAGAUGCAGAAUCUGAUUACACAAGGUGGAAUUGAAGUUGAUGCAGAGAUUGAUGAAGGUUAUCGCAGCAGAUCGGAUUCUGCAUGUGAUCAUUAUGAAGAUGAAGAUCAAAACGCUAAAGAAACCAUGGAAGUUCACAAGGUGUCCAAUGUUGAUCAACCUUGUGAGCAAAAAACUGGGGAAAUUCCACCCCAGCAUCUUGAGUUCUUCGUCCAUGGCGAUAAUUGUAGCUUGGUUCCGUUCGAACUGAUUGAUUCUUCCGCCGCCGCUGCCACAGAGACAGAUGGCCGACGUCGUCAUAAGGUGGCAAAGGGUCAAGAAUCAGAGGAUCGGAAUGAAGAUGUUAUUUUGGAUUUUGAUAUGCUUUCUGGUGGUGUGGAAACUGAACCAGUUUUCGAGAAUUGGCACACGUCGGGAGAUAGUGUGAUAAGUUUUUCCUGUCGCAAGAGAAAACCGAAACCACCGUCAGUAUCAGUAUCGCUAGUUGAAGCAAAUUUGGAGCAGAAUUUUGGUCCAUCAAUUGAAGAAAAACCUAGGAAUCACAAUCUUGAAGCUCUUGUGGAAAGCAGAGAAGCCUCAGAAGAAGUGACAGAAAUGCAGGGAGAUGAAUUUGAAACAGAAGUGUCCAUUGGAACGGAAAUUCCUGAUCAUGAACAAGUGGAUGAGUAUCAAAUUCAUGAUAUUCCUCCGGAGGACUCAAAUCAACACAUGCAAGAAGAUUCAUCUGCUAGCGCAGUCAGGUUUCGUGUCGAAGAUGAAAGUGGUGGUGAUAAAGAUGAGGAGUUUGUAGAAUUUCAAACCAUGUCAGUUGAGACAAGCAUGCCAAAAGUACUAAGGAACCAUUUGGAAUCAUCUUUGGAUUUCAAUGAGAAUGAAGCGGAGAAAAUUCCUGAUACUCCCGCUUCUGUAGAGAGGAAAGAAUCAGGAACAGAAGAAUCCUUGGAUGGAAGCAGCACCAUAAGCGAUAUAGAACCCGGCGAGCUCACCAUUGAGAAGCUAAAAUCAGCAUUGAAAGCUGAAAGGAAGGCCUUGAGUAGUGCAUAUGCAGAACUAGAAGAAGAGAGAAGUGCGUCUGCUGUAGCAGCGAAUCAGACAUUGGCAAUGAUAAAUAGGCUUCAGGAAGAGAAAGCAGCUAUGCAGAUGGAAGCUCUUCAGUACCAAAGAAUGAUGGAAGAACAAUCCGAGUAUGAUCAGGAAGCAUUGCAGCUUCUGAAUGAUCUAAUGGUUAGAAGGGAGAAGGAGAAGCAAGAUCUAGAAAGAGAGCUCGAAACAUACAGAAAGAAGUUUCAGGAAUUGGAGGUUAAAGAAAAAUCAACAAUGUCAAGAAGAGAUGUAACUAACUCAAACUCAUCAGUUUCUUGCAGCAAUGAGGAAGAUAGUGAUGGUCUAUCUGUAGAUUUGAAUCAAGAAGCAAAGGAAGAGAAUGGAUUCUAUGGCGAACAGAACACGAAUACGCCUGUAGAUGCUGUCCUCUACUUGGAGGAAUCUCUCGCAAACUUUGAGGAAGAGAGGUUGUCAAUUCUAGAACAGCUCAAGGUGCUGGAAAGAAAGCUUGUCAAGCUGAAUCAUGAAGAAGAUGUUUGUCAUGAGAAUGGAAAUGGAUACUAUAACCAUGUGAAUGGAUUUGCAAAUGGUCAUUCCUACAUCAAUGGUGGGAGGAAAAUCAUGGGUCAAAAAGGCAAGAGGCUUCUUCCAAUUUUUGAUGCAAUAGGAAAAGAAGAGAAUGGGACGGAUUUGAAUUUGAACUCAGUGGAAAAUAUUUCAAUGGAAGAGGCUGAUUUAGAGGAAGAAUUGGAUGAUGUUUAUGAGAGAUUACAAGCACUAGAGGCUGAUAGAGAGUUUCUAAAGCACUGUAUCAGUUCCGUGAGGAAAGGGGACAAAGGCUUAGACCUUCUUCAAGAGAUUUUGCAGUAUCUUCAUGAUCUGAGGAAUGUGGAUCUCCGACUUAAGAACAUGAGCGAUCUUGCUGUAUAACUAGUUCUUGCUCAUUUUUGCUACAAGGAUAAUAGGCAUAGUAAUGUUGAUGAUGAUCCACAAGUUCAACUGAAGAAGUACAUGAAUACAUGGGCCAGCUAGAUAAGGGAAACUAUUAAUCAUAUGGCUUCUAAACUUUUGAACAAAAAUGUCAAAGGAGGUUCCCUGAUGGGAAGGGGAAGAAUCCUGCAUGGUCUAGUGUUAAUGAGAGUGGUGGACAACAAAAUCAAGUCUGCCUUUGAUCUUUUUGGGUCUUGGGUAACAUGUAAUAAGCCCAAAAUUUUGGUGGUUUGCGUCCAUCAUCAUCACCUUCUUGGGAGUGAAGGACGAUGAUGAUUGUGCAUGUGUGUGUGUAGGGUAGAAUGUAUAGAUUUUAUACAUCAUGUUAAUUAUUAGUUUAAUUUUAUUGGAAAGGAUAGUAAGAGUAUAUUUUAAUAUAUGUUGUUUGUGA